AUGACUUUUCUGAUUCUCGGCUCGGCGCUGCCAUUUGUGGCCAUCCUUUUGCUUCUUGGACUUUUCUUGUUCCAGACGUUGUACCGCUCUUUUACCGGAGGUCUCUCGAAAGUGCCCUCUGCUCAUUGGACGUGCUCGUUCAGUUCCGUUUGGAUUCUUUGGCAACGUUACCAUGGAAAGGAACUGAAAGCUGUCCUCGCAGCUCACGAAAGACUCGGCAAGAUUGUCAGAGUCGCGCCACAAGAAAUCAGCAUCAGCGACUACGAGACUGGCGUUCGUCAGGUUUAUAACGCUGGUUUUGAGAAGCCAGGCUACUUUGACUUCUUCCAAUAUUACGGACAACGGAAUUCUUUUGCCAGCCGGAGCCGAGCCGAUCAUGCCGCAUGUCGCAGACGAGUAUCGUCGUCUUACUCUAAGACGACGCUGUUUGCAUCAGAGACGUUGAGCAAGGUGACUCACAAUAUUAUGUACCAACGCCUCAUCCCAGUACUCCAGAACCACUCUGCACACGGACAACCCAUCGAGCUUUUGAGACUCUGCUACGCUUCUGGGCUUGACAUGCUCAACUGUUACAUUUUGGGUCUGUCCAGUGGACCUGACUUUACGCGUAACCCCGAGUUGACAGAGAUGUGGCUGGAACACUACGAGAACAGAUAUAGUCCUCAGGGUUUCUGGCUGCAGGAGCUCCCUGGACUGUAUCAUGGGCUUCGCCGCAUCGGAUUAGACCUGAUGCCUCGUAAGCACUACGAAUCGACCAAGUGGAUCGAGAAUUGGAUGCUUGAACAUUGCGAUAAGUCUGAGGCAGUCUACCGACGUAUGCAGAACGGAGAGCAACCCGCCCCCGAGGACGUUCCAGUCGUCUAUCAACAACUGCGAAAAGCAAUGUCCAACUUGAAGGAUGGCAAAUUUCUCGACAUGCAAGCUUCGGAAGAGAUGUCCAGAAUCUCUAUCGCAAGUGAGAUUUUUGACCACAUGUCCGGCGCUCGUGAGGUCUUUGGACUUGUUCUCGCUUAUGCGGUCUACUACCUUGCCCAGAAUCCGGCUCAUCAAGAAAUGCUAAAGCAAGCGGUCGCGGGACUUGGAAUGCACGUCAACCAGGUCGGAAAAAAUAACGAAAACAGUCUACCUUCGCCUCAGACUAUUGAGUCAAUCGCAUACCUGCAGGCCGUCAUCAAGGAAUCCCUGCGCAUGAGACCCAACAGCACCCCGUUACCACGCGUCACCCCCCACGACAAAUCCGUGAGCAUUUCGGGAGUUGACGGCAUUCCGGCGGGCACUCGCGUCAACUGCUUCCAGUGGUUUCUGCACCGCAACCCAGAGAUGUGGACCCAGCCGAAUGCCUGGGUUCCUGAACGCUGGUUGGACCAGAACGGCGAAGAGAGGACUGACAUGCCUCCUCUCUGGGCUUUUGUGACCGGUCCGAGAGCCUGUAUCGGAACUCAACUGACAUACUACCUCUUUGGGUACAUACUGGCUGGCCUAUUCUCCAACUUCCACGUUCAGAUUGCCCGCCCUGAGACCUACGGCCGCCACACCCCUGGGUCUCUGGAAGAUGAACUUUUUGUGACGAUGACACCCAUUGCUGCAUAA